AUGGCAGCCCCAAGGCUUUGGCUGUUUGCUGCAGCCCUGGCAGGAGUUGGCAGUGCCCCAGAAACCUGGCCUGUCAUUGGGGUAUCCAAUGGUGGUCCUUGGGGCCCCUGGACCUGGCAGGAAAUGUGCCCCCAAGAGACUUAUGCCACAGGAGUCAGCCUCAAGGUGGAGCCCUAUCAAGGGCAGGCUAAAGACGACACGGCCCUGAACGGCAUCCGACUGUAUUGCACGCGUGGCAGCCACGGCGAGAAGUCUGAGGCGAAAACGGUGGAGUCACAGAGCAAUGUAUGGGGCCAAUGGACCACCUCCCUCUGGUGCCCCCAGGGCACCUAUCUGACCAGCUUCUCCCUGCGGGUGGAGCACGUCCCCCGUGGCAUCCACGACUACAUGGGAGCCACCAACGUCCGCUUUGCCUGCUCAAAUGGGAAGGUCCUGGAGGGUCAGGGCCUGCCCUGGGGGGAGUAUGGAGCCUGGAGUCCCUCGUGUAAGAAAGGUCUGUGUGGGAUCCAGACCAAACAGGAGUCCAUACGUGGCGUUCUGAUGGAUGACUCCGCCCUCAAUGACGUCCGGUUCUUCUGCUGCAGAGAGUGAACAGGUGCAGACCUCUGGCCAGGUCCCUGGGCAACCGAGACGCUUGUGGCUGGUCCGUCACCCCUGCGAGGAAAAGGCUCUCCGCUGGCUCCGCUUGCCCCCCCGGCUCCCGGCUGGGGAGAGAUAGCAUCUGUGUGCCACCC